AUGGUGCUUUCAGUGGAUUUUGAUCACAGAUAUCUUCACCAACACUUGUUUUUAUUCAUCCACGAUCAUGGACAGAAUAAAAGUGGCAAAAAAGGUUGCCUUAUCAAAGAAAUAUAUACUUUGUCAGAUGCCAGCAGAGUGGAUUACUCUGCCUGUGCAUACUGGUCUUCGGCUUCCUCCAACCCGUAACAGUAUUUCAGUUUAUACAAAGAAGCAGUCAAACAGCCUCACCUAUGAAGGCUUCAUUGUUCCGCCAGCUCCUGUAAAGGUGCCUAUGUCAGCGCUGCAGGCACCACCAAGGGAGGAAAGCUUUGGGAAGAAGUAUGCAACACUGUUGGAGCAGAUCAGGGCUGAGGAGGCCGAGGCUGAAGCUCAGACAAAAAUCAUCUCAGAACAUCAGAAGAACAGAAUGGCAGAAUCUGCAGCGAGCAGCAAACCAGGGAAAGGUGUUGUCAAGGAAGAGCCAAGCAACACGCCAGGCUGUGAAUAUACAGCUGAUGAAUCAAAACAGCAGAUGAAAGAAAUUAUAGCCAGUGAAAGUCAAAACAAACCACAGCAUCUAAACUGGUCUUUGCAGAGGACAGAGUCCAACACCGAUUAUCUACUUCCUCUAGAAAUCCUUGACAGAAGAGAACGUUUACUCCCACCACCCGAAGGAGAAACAGAAGACUUUGUAUAUUGUUUUGAACCUUGGGAGAGCACAGUGGAUGUAGACAGUUUGUAUUCCUGAGUCAAAUCCUGACCAACAGUUCAACCCGGCCACACCUGCUGACAUGUGCAAGACUACUGGGGAAAGUGAAUUAUCCCAUUUGAUGUCCAUUAAUGUGACGGCUGUGAAUUCAAAUUUUUGUGAAUAAAUAUUUAGAGCAGUGAUUAAA